UCGAUCUCGAUGUUACUGCGAUACUCGCAUCACCAGAUAUUCGUCUUCAUCGUGGACCUUAUACAAAUGCUGGAGUUCAACCUGACCGUGUCAUUGCCAGCGGCUUCCCUGUUGACAGUAAUUUUGGCACUAGUGGGAAUGGAGGCGCUCAUGUCCGAGUUCUUCAACGACACGACCACUGCGUUUUACAUAAUCCUGAUAGUGUGGGUGGCCGAUCAAUACGACGCCAUUUGCUGUCAUACGCCUCUCACGAAGCGGCACUGGCUAAGAUUCUUCUACCUGUAUCACUUCUCUUUCUACGCAUACCAUUACCGAUUCAACGGGCAGUAUAGCAGUUUGGCUCUCGUCACGUCCUGGCUUUUCAUACAGCACUCGAUGCUGUACUUCUUUCACCACUACGAGCUGCCGGUGAUUCUGCAGCAGGCGCAGCUGCAGCAACUGCUGUUUCGAAAUCACGCUCAGCCGACGGCGCAGCCAGCGACGCCCAGCACCGCUCCGACCACACCGGGUCCGUCGCCGACUACAACACCUUCGCCGAGCCCGAAUCCAUCAACGCCUACGACGGAGCAGACGCAGCAGAAUUACGUCGCCGAGCUUUCUCAACUCGAUCCGGAGCCUAGUCCGGAAGAACAACGCGCGAAUGCCAAUACAGAGCGAACGUUCGCGACAAUGACGACGACGACGACGACGGUUGAUCGUCGAGAAGACUCCGGUGGAGUGUCAGGGGACGCGACAGUGUCAUCCGCCGCGUUGACCUCUGCUGCCGAGGAGGCGGCGGCGAGUCCAUCGGUCUCUGAAGCCACGACAUCAGCCGGCGGGGACACCAGCAGCACCAACACCACCAGCAGCACCACCUCGUCCUCCGAGGGCUUUGAGGUGAUCGAGACCGCCGAGGCGAUGCGCAAGGAAACGACGUCCGCCGUGGAGACGAAAGAACAUUAGGCGCUUUCCUUGCAUGCGCGCGCGCGCGCGCGUUACGCCGCCGGGGCGAGGAGAAGGUCGCUUCCGCGCGACCGCUUCCAGCGACUUCCUCCCUUCGUCGAGCAGCGUUUCUCUGCGUUCAGGGACGAUCGGCCCGGCGACGGAGAGCGGUUACCUCGUCAUCACGGAUCGAACUAUGUAAUGUAUAGCGCGACGUAAGCGAACGUAAAGUAACGCGCGGUAUCUUUGCGCAAGGUCUUCUUCACGUCCGACGUCGAUUUCGACGGUCGCGGGGCUGGCUGACUCCUCGCCGAGUUGUCCUCGCGUCCGUCGGAGCCGGUAGCCGGGGAAGCGAGGAUUUCUACAUGACGACGCCGGUAGUUGGAGAUAUAUAGAUUUUCAAUGGGAACUCAGCGGGGUCGGGGGAUUUAUAACGGAGACGCGGCUGUAACACGAUUCGAUGUUAGAUUCGCUAGAUGCGAGAAGUAUAAUAAAGAAAUUAGAUGUUAUGCAAAAAGUAGCUUUCGGGGGCGAUAAGACACGUAAAACACAUACAUAUAGACACACACACACACGUACACGCGCACACUAUGCUCUAAUCUCGUCAUAUCGUUGCGUAUCUUAUUUUUCUCCGUUCUCUUUGCGCCCCUAUCGCGGGAUUCUGCCACACUUGUCAUUCUUUUGUGACGCAAAUAGCUCCGUAAAAUACAGUGUCUUACGUUUCACAACUGGCGCACAACGCCGCGGUUCGAGAGAUUAUAAGAGGCCUUACAUCUGUUUAUUUAGUGAGAAAGAGAGAAAGAGAGGGUGAGAGAGAGAGAGUUCACUUAGAACAAGAGGAUGAGAAAGAGUUAUACGUUAAGAAGCGAUAACGCGUAGUGUAAUUUAAUAUUAUUCGUGUAGAUAUAUAUACACGCGAGAUCGUUUCGCGUGCCGACCUGUAAUUUAUUCACUUUGCAAAUACAAUGUUCCCCUGAU